AUAUAAACAGGAGUGGUAUUAUUUGUACAUGUCAACGUGUGUAUAUGCUGCCAAACUGCCAGAACUGGAUUGGCAGUGUAUCCACCCAGGCAGCCAUUGUUCUGACAAUCAUUGUUCGACAGUCUCAUAAUGGGCCACCAGAAUAGUUCAAGACACACCUGACUGUAGCAUGUAACUAUAUAUUAAUCACUGAGUAACAUCAUAAUAAUCAAUGAGUAACAUCAUAAUAAUCACUGACUAACAUCAUAAUAAUCACUCAGUCAGACAUAGUGAUUAUUAUUUAAAAAACAAUCUACAUCACAAAAAGUAUAUCAUUCACAGAGAAAGGUUUAUUUAAGCAUACAGUUUGCAUGGUUAUGAAUAGUUCAAGUGUAAAUUGCCUUUCUUGAUGGCUCCUGAGAUGAGAUAAUUCAAGUUGAAUUGAAUUAUAAUUUAAAUGGAGGAGAAGGUGGAAGAGAGGAGGAAGAGGUGGUUUGUGAUAGGAAUUUAUCAGCACAGCGGCAGCCAGGUGAAUACCAGCCAGGUGAAUACCAGCCAGGUGAACACCAGCCAGGUAAACAUCAGCCAGGUGAAUACCAACCAGGUGAAUACCAGUCAGGUGAAUACAAGCCAGGUGAACACCAGCCAGGUAAAUAUCAGCCAGGUGAAUACCAGCCAGGUGAAUACCAGCCAGGUGAAUACCAGCCAGGUGAAUACCAGCCAGGUGAACACCAGCCAGGUAAAUAUCAGCCAGGUGAAUACCAGCCAGGUGAAUACCAGCCAGAUCCAGGUGAAUACCAGCCAGGUCCAGGUGAAUACCAGCCAGGUCCAGGUGAAUACCAGCCAGGUGAAUACCAGCCAGGUGAAUACCAGCCAGAUCCAGGUGAACACCAGCCAGGUGAAUACCAGCCAGAUCCAGGUGAACACCAGCCAGGUCCAGGUGAAUACCAGCCAGGUCCAGGUGAACACCAGCCAUGUGAAUACCAGCCAGGUCCAGGUGAAUACCAGCCAGGUGAAUACCAGCCAGGUGAAUACCAGCCAGAUCCAGGUGAACACCAGCCAGGUGAAUACCAGCCAGGUGAAUACCAGCCAGGUGAAUACCAGCCAGAUCCAGGUGAACACCAGCCAGGUGAAUACCAACCAGGUGAAUACCAGCCAGGUGAGUACCAGCCAGGUAAAUAUCAGCCAGGUGAAUAUCAGCCAGGUGAAUACCAGCCAGGUGAAUACCAGCCAGGUGAAUACCAGCCAGAUCCAUGUGAACACCAGCCAGGUGAAUACCAGCCAGGUGAAUACCAGCCAGAUCCAGGUGAACACCAGCCAGGUGAACACCAGCCAGGUGAAUACCAGCCAGGUGAAUACCAGCCAGGUAAAUAUCAGCCAGGUGAAUACCAGCCAGGUGAAUACCAGCCAAGUGAAUACCAGCCAGGUGAACACCAGUCAGGUGAAUACCAGCCAGGUAAACACCAGGCAGGUGAAUACCAGCCAGGUGGACACCAGCCAGGUGAAUACCAGCCAGGUAAACACCAGGCAGGUGAAUACCAGCCAGGUGGACAACAGCCAGGUGAACACCAACACUUGGCUUUGAAGUGACAGAACAGGUUUUAAUCUGUAAAACAGAUGGAGGAAAAAGAGGAACAGCAAAACAAACGACAGUAUUUCUGUCAAAGAGCUAUAUAUCUUAUGUGAGGUUUUACAAAUAUUUUAGGUAUGUAGGUACCUGUGUGUCUGAGUGAGUAAUAUUUGGUGGUGUGAUCUCAGUCUCUCUUUUCAUCAACUAUCUUGGGCUUUCAUGUUCAACUUUGCACACAUUUCUAACAAUGAAGUUUCAUAGACAACCAUGUCCAACUUCAGACCAUGCCCGUCCGACUAGCAUCACUACCCUGGACGGUUCUGACCUAGAAUAUGUGUACAACUACACACACCUAGGUGUCUGGUUAAACUGUUAACUCCUUCCAGAUCUCCAAUCCAAAAUCAAAUCUAGAAUCUGCUUCCUAUUUCGUAAAAAAGGCUCCUUCACUCACGCCGCCAAACUUACCCUAGUAAAACUGACUAUCCAACCGAUUCUCGACUUCGCCGAUGUCAUCUACAAAAUAGCUUCCAAUACUCUACUCAGCAAACUGGAUGCAGUCUAUCACAGUGCCAUCUGUUUUGUUAUCAAAGCCUCUUAUACCACCCACCACUGCGACCUGUAUGCUCUUGCCGGCUGACCCUCGCUACAUAUUCGUCGCCAGACCCACUGGCUCCAGGUCAUCUAUAAGUCGAUGCUAGGUAAAGCUCCGCCUUAUCUCAGCUCGCUGGUCACGAUAACAACACCCACCCAUAGCACGCACUCCAGCAGGUAUAUCUCACUGGUCAACCCCAAAGCCAACACCUCCUUUGGCCGCCUUUCCUUCCAGUUCUCUGCUGCCAGUGAUUGGAACGAAUUGCAAAAAUCGCUGAAGCUGGAGACUUAUAUUUCCCUCACUAACUUUAAACAUCAGCUAUCUGAGCAGGUAACCGAUCGCUGCAUCUGUACAUAGUCCAUCUGUAAAUAGCCCACCCGAUCUCCCUACCUCAUCCCCAUAUUGUUUUUAUGUGCUUUUCUGCUCUUUUGCACACCAGUAUCUCUACUUGCACAUCAUCAUCUGCUCAUUUAUCACUCCAGUGUUAGUCUGCAAAAUUGUAAUUACUUCGCUACUAUGGCCUAUUUAUUGCCUUAAAUCCUCACGCCAUUUGCACACACUGUAUAUAGACUUUCUUUUUUUCUAUUGUGUAUUGACUGUACGCUUGUUUAUUCCAUGUGUAACUCUGUGUUGUUGUUUUUGUCACACUGCUUUAUCUUGGCCAGGUCGCAGUUGUAAAUGAGAACUUGUUCUCAACUAGCCUAACUGGUUAAAUAAAGGUGAAAAUUAAAAAUAAAUAAAUACAAAGGCCCAUUUUGAAUAUAUUUUAUUGCCUU